UUAAGUAAUACUGGUUGGAGUGGUGCGAGAGUGUGUUGUGCUGUGUGUCCGGGUGGUUAAAGCGUGCCGCAUAAUCGAUUUUGUUAACGGCUCAAAAUGGGAACUCUGUGUGUCAAGAAGGGAAAAAACCUCUCCUCCUCUCUCGUGAAUAUAGAGUGAGGGCCGAGGGAGUGCCAUGCGUUACAAAUCCACAGUAUUUUCAUACGACAACCGUUUAGCUCAACGUGGAUGAGUUCGAUCGUUGAUUUUGGGGUCGAAAACUUUGCAUCAGUUUCGAAGCAGGAACCGGGCUUUAGUUCAAUAUGUAAAUCGUCUCCCAGGCUCUAGACCUCUGCGUCGCUAUCCUGUCGCACCCUCAGCGCCCCCAUCCUCCCCUCUUGGUCCCGUCACCCCUCACCCCGUUACGCGGCAAUGCACUUCCGGCUGUGCGAAAUUCGGCAAAAAGCUCCUGCCCGGAUUCCUGUUUGAAGAGUCGACUAAAAGAAAUCUGUGUCACGGGUUCGUCUUGACGUUACUCUUCGUUGUACGUUGUUUAUCCCGUUGGUACCAACGUAUAGGAUCGACGAUAAACAAAAGUUUGUUUUGUCUGUGAUGUAUGGAUAUUAAGCAGAGACGCUGAAAGAAAGACUAAAAACAUGGGAUGCAAUACGGGCCGAUGCCUCGGUCCAGACGAUACGGGGUACCCUGGAUCAGAAUUCAUGGCAGCCAUUAGGAAGAAAUUGGUUAUCGUGGGUGAUGGUGCAUGUGGUAAAACAUGCUUACUCAUAGUCUUCAGCAAAGAUCAGUUUCCUGAAGUGUAUGUACCCACCGUGUUUGAGAACUAUGUUGCGGAUAUUGAAGUCGAUGGAAAACAGGUGGAGCUGGCUCUAUGGGACACAGCUGGGCAAGAAGAUUACGAUAGGUUGCGUCCGUUGUCGUACCCCGACACAGACGUAAUCUUAAUGUGCUUCUCCAUUGACAGUCCCGAUUCCUUGGAGAACAUUCCCGAGAAAUGGACACCGGAGGUGAAGCACUUUUGCCCGAACGUGCCCAUCAUACUUGUUGGAAACAAAAAAGACUUACGCAAUGAUCCUAAUACCAUCAAGGAGCUCAGCAAAAUGAAACAGGAACCAGUUAAGCCAGAGGAAGGCAGGGCCAUGGCUGAGAAAAUCAAUGCAUUCGCUUAUCUUGAAUGUUCUGCUAAAAGUAAGGAGGGUAUUAGGGAAGUAUUUGAAACGGCCACUCGAGCAGCGCUACAAUUCGUAGGUAAAAAAGAAGAAGAAAGGAAGAUGUUGGCUCCUAUAAUGGUUGCAUUGUCGUCGAAGAGAAGACUAAUGGAAUUGCUAACUGCAAUGAAUCUAGUGCCGGAGGUCCCCAACGGAAACUAUAAUAUAUAUUAUAACAAAAAUGCAACAACAGCAACAAUUUAUCUUUCAUUAUUUUACACAAUAAAACAAAUAUAUAAAAAAAUGAAAAAUAACUACAAAAUGCGCUUGCAAUACAAAAGAAGAACUAUGUCGUCAAUGAAACCGGAGACUUGAAACUAUUGACUAAAUUUCAUUACAAGUAUAUGUGCUAUAAUAAUGAGAAACCAUGAUGUAUAUUGUAAUGACUACUUGAUUGUAUCUUUUAAUGGCAAUGAAUUGUGCUUCGAGUUUAAAAGAUUAAACAAUUACAUAAAACAUAACAACUAUUUACAUUUACAGUACAUAAUUAUCUAA